CAUUGCCCCAACGUCACCCAUUGAACCAUUAUUCCAUGGGCUGAGAGUUUCUGUGUAACUCCACUGGGGAUUGAGGAGAGAACGUCACACCCUUUGCAGUUUGCACUCAUUCUCCUCCCAUUCCCCAUUCCAAGCUCCUCACUUUCCCACCCAGAUUCCCACUCUCUCACCCCCCCAAACAUGGACUUAACCACCAAACUCCAUCGCCUCCACCUCAAUUCCACCUUCCUCACCGGUUCACCCCUUCUCAAUCCCCACAAACUCAUUUUCCGGCCACGUCUCCACAGCUCAAACUCGAUCAAAGUUGCCAAUUUCUUCAACCCCAGCAAAGCCCCAAGCCUCAGAAUCACCUCCCAGCUAUCCGCCGUCGCUGUGGAAACACCGGUCACCGAAACCGACAUCGAGUCUUUGUUCUCGAGCACUACCGUCGACCAAAAGAGGCCCAAUAAGAAAUCAAACACUGGCGCUUCGGGCAUUUCAUCCGGUGUUAAGCUCGAAAACGUGACUAAGAGCUAUAAGGGCGUCACGGUAUUGAAGGACGUGACUUGGGAAGUGAAGAAAGGCGAAAAGGUUGGACUAGUAGGCGUAAAUGGUGCAGGGAAAACGACCCAGAUGAGAAUUGUUGCGGGGCUGGAGGAACCCGAUUCUGGGUCUGUGAUUAAAGCGAAACCCAACAUGAAAAUUGCGUUUUUAAGCCAGGAGUUUGAGGUGUCGAUGAGCAGGACGGUGAGAGAGGAGUUUCUGAGCGCGUUCAAGGAGGAGAUGGAGAUUUCUGGGAAGUUGGAGAAGGUGCAGAAGGCGUUGGAGGGUGUGGGGGAGGACUUGAAACUGAUGGGGAGGCUCUUGGACGAGUUUGAUUUGCUCCACAGAAGGGCACAGGCGGUGAACUUGGAUGGGGUGGACGCUAAGGUUAGUAAGUUGAUGCCUGAGCUCGGGUUCGCGCCUGAGGAUUCGGAUAGGUUGGUGGCCUCCUUUAGUGGCGGCUGGCAGAUGAGGAUGUCGCUUGGGAAGAUUUUGCUUCAGGAACCAGAUUUAUUGCUCUUGGAUGAGCCCACAAACCACCUUGACCUUGACACAAUCGAGUGGCUUGAAGGCUAUCUUAGCAAGCAAGAGGUGCCGAUGGUUAUCAUAUCUCAUGACAGAGCAUUUCUCGAUCAGCUCUGCACAAAAAUUGUGGAGACCGAUAUGGGUGUUGCCAGGACAUUUGAAGGAAAUUAUUCUCAGUAUAUCAUUUCAAAGGCAGCAUGGGUUGAAGCACAGUAUGCAGCAUGGGAGAAGCAGCAGAAGGAAAUUGAACAUACAAAAGACUUAAUAAACAGGUUAGGUGCUGGAGCAAACUCUGGCCGUGCUUCUACUGCUGAAAAGAAGCUGGAGAGACUUCAAGAAGACGAGCUAGUAGAGAAGCCAUUUGAACGGAAACAAAUGAAGAUCAGGUUCCCUGAGCAUGGAAGUAGCGGAAGAUCUGUUGUAGCAAUUAAGAAUUUGGAAUAUGGCUUUGGGGACAAGGUGCUCUUCAACAGGGCAAAUCUUUCAAUUGAAAGGGGAGAAAAAAUUGCCAUUAUUGGCCCAAAUGGAUGUGGAAAGAGUACGUUGCUGAAACUGAUAAUGGGUUUAGAAAAGCCAAGAGGAGGCGAAAUUCUGCUUGGGGAGCAUAAUGUCCUACCUAACUAUUUUGAGCAAAAUCAGGCUGAGGCACUUGAUCUGGAUAAAACAGUGCUUGAAACAGUAGAAGAAGCAGCAGAGAACUGGAGAAUUGACGAUAUUAAAGGGCUCCUUGGGCGUUGUAAUUUCAAAGCUAAUAUGCUUGAUCGAAAGGUUUCUCUUUUGAGUGGUGGGGAGAAGGCACGUCUUGCUUUUUGCAAGUUCAUGGUGAAACCUUCAACCCUGCUAGUUUUGGACGAACCAACUAAUCACUUGGAUAUACCUUCAAAAGAGAUGCUCGAGGAGGCAAUAACAGAGUACAAGGGCACCGUCAUCGCAGUUUCUCAUGACAGAUACUUUAUAAAGCAAAUAGUCAAUAGAGUAGUGGAAGUUAAAGACUGCAAUUUACAGGAUUAUGCAGGAGAUUACAAUUAUUAUCUAGAGAAAAAUCUUGACGCCAGGAUGAGAGAGCUAGAACGUGAGGCAGAGCUUGAGGAGAAGGCUCCUAAAGUAAAGGCCAAAUCCAAGAUGUCAAAGGCUGAGAAGGAAGCUAUGAAGAAGCAGAAAAGGCAGGCAUUUCAGCAGGCAAAACAAAAAUCAAAAGGUCUGAAGAAUUCUAAGAGGUGGAACUGACCAAUUCGCCCAAAAAACUUGUUUCACCAUUUCUGCAUUGUUAAAUUAAUUUUACCUGUGAAAAAGCUUAGGAGAUGAGGUGGCCAGUUGUGAGCCAUGUGGUUGACCAUAUGUAUAUAAUAUGAAUAGAAUUACAGGUAUUACCUCAAUGAAUCAUUGUUUUUUCCCCAAACCA